CCCUGGGCUCUGGGAGCGGAAAUUCCUGCGCCGGCGGGACGGAGCGGGCGUCAAUCCCAGCGGGCGGACUAGGCCAUGGAGCCAGUAGCGACCUGGACCCCCGGGAAGGUGGCAGCAUGGCUGAGAGGCCUCGAUGACUCCCUGCAGGACUAUUGCUUUGAGGACUGGGAGCUGCCUGGCAAAUACCUGCUCCAGCUCUGCCCCAGCAGCCUUGAGGCUCUGACAGUGUGGCCUCUGGGCCACCAGGAGCUCAUUCUGGAAGGGGUAGAACAGCUCAAGGCCCUGAGCUCCGGGCUACAGACAGAGAACCUGCAGAGCCUGACAGAGGUGCUGCUGAAGGGGACCUGUGCUUUCCAGAGCUUAGUCCAAGGCCGCCUGGGAGGCUGUGCCGAGCCCCCUGCUGAGGUCCUCAGCGCUGCUGUGAAUCUGGUGCAUGACGCCCGUACCCUCCUCUUCUGGCUCAACAGGUACCUCUUCUCCCACUUAAACGACUUCUCGGCCUGCCAGGAGAUUGGGGAGUUAUGCGGGGAGCUGGGCCAGGCCUUGCAGGAGGACUGUCCAGCGGCUGAGAAGGAGAGCCAAAUCCUGAGGAUCUGCAGCCAUGUGGCUGGGAUCUGCCAUAACAUCCUGAGCUACAGCCCCCAGGAGCUGCUGGAGCAGAGGGCUGUGCUAGAGCGAGUGCAGCUGGACCAUACUUUGGGCUUAGAAAUCCACACCACCAGCAAUUGCCUGCACUUCGUGUCCCGAGUGGGCACCCAGCUGCAGAUCCUGCCCGGAGACGAGAUCAUCCAGGUCAAUGAGCAGGUGGUGGUGGGCUGGCCCCAUAAGAAUGUGGUGAGGGAGCUGCUGCGGGAGCCAUCUGGGGUCAGCUUAGUGCUGAAGAAGGUCCCAGUGCCAGAGACGCCCCCACAGACGCCUCCUCCGGCCCUGGACUUCCCACAACUAAGGGUACCAUCGCUGGCUGUGGCCCCACCAUCUCCCAGGGCUCCGUCCAAAGAUGUCUUCGCCUUUGACCUGACUUCAAACCCAAGUCCUGGACCCAGUCCUGCCCCAACAGUCAGUUUCAAAGCCCUACCAGGUGGCAGAUGCCCUGGGCAAGACUGUGCCUCCCUUGACCUUGAGCCCUUGUCCAUUGCCCCUGAACCCCCAGCCACACUCCCAGCAGCGGUAGCAGAGACUCAGGGACCCUCAGAAGACCCUGAGAAGAGUCCUGUCCCUGGUCGGAAGAAAUCAAAAGGCGUGGCGACGCGGCUGAGCCGCCGGCGGGUGUCAUGCCGGGAGCUGGGUCGGCCAGACUGUGAUGGCUGGCUCCUGCUGCGCAAGGUGCCCAGUGGCUUCAUGGGCCCGCGCUGGCGCCGCUGCUGGUUUGUGCUCAAGGGACAUACGCUCUACUGGUACCGCCAGCCCCAGGAUGAGAAGGCUGAGGGCCUCAUCAAUGUCUCCAACUACAGCCUGGAAAGUGGACAGGAUCCGAAGAAAAAAUAUGUGUUCCAGCUCACCCAUCAUGUGUAUAAACCCUUCAUCUUCGCGGCUGAAUCCCUGAUGGAUCUGAGCAUGUGGGUGCGUCAUCUCAUUACCUGCAUUUCUAAGUACCAGUCUCCAGGCCGGGGCUCCCUACCCCGAGAGGAAGAUUGCUACAGUGAGACGGAAGCAGAAGACCCUGAUGAUGAGGCUGGAUCCCGCUCAGCCUCGCCCAGCCCAGCCCAAGCUUGGAGUCCACUCCAUGGAGACACAUCACCUGCAGCCACGCCCACGCAAGGCAGCCCACAGACCUCUGGCCUUCCAACAGAUAACAGUGAAGGGGCACUGGAAGGAAUGGUACGAGGGCUGAGGCAAGGUGGUGUGUCCCUCCUGGGCCAGCCACAGCCCUUCACCCAUGAGCAAUGGCGGAGCUCUUUCAUGCGUCGUAACCGUGACCCGCAGCUCAAUGAGCGAGUACACCAUGUGCGGGCACUACAGAGCACACUCAAGGCAAAGUUACAGGAGCUGCAGGCCCUGGAGGAAGUGCUAAGCGACCCCGAAUUGACUGGAGAGAAGUUCCGACGGUGGAAGGAGCAGAACCAGGAGCUCUACUCAGAGGGCCUGGGGGCCUGUGUAGUGGUGCAGGCUGAGGGCAGCUCCCAAGUCCUGACCUCUGACUCUGGAGAACAGUCUUUCCACCCACUGCCCUCCGACCCUGAGGAAAACUCCCAUCUCUGCCCCCUGGCUCCUGAGAGCAACCUCCAACCUCCUGACCUCUGACCCUGGCCAGUACCAUAGCUCCUGACCUCUGGUCCUGAGGACCACCUCCACUCCCAGCCUCUGACAUGUCUAGAGCAUCCUUGGAUUCUGUUCAAGGUUGGAAGUAGAGCUGGUCUGUGGUUUCACCCCAAGCUGAACCCCUCUGCCUGAGCAUCCACCAUUUCUGCUACCCUCUCCCCUCUUGCCAACAAAGACAUGGGAGGCUGGGCUAAAAGAAACUCUCUCCCAUCCAUCCUGCCCCCCCCAACCAAGGUCCCUUGGGACUUCUUCCCUCCCCAAACCAGUCUGUACAGGUGUUCUUCAUUUUACACAGAAGACCGUUUUCAACCAAAUAAAGUCAAUU